AUGGCAAACACUCAUCAAUGCUCUGACCUCACCGAGGACACCUACCCUCUACAUUCUCUAGAUGACCACAAAUCCAAUCGCAGUUUUGUUCACUGGAUAAUGAGGUUUAAUGACGUUCUGGAACCCAAUAAGUUGAACUCUGCUCUAUCAAGGUUGCUCGACAUCGGAGAUUGGAAAAAGCUCGGAGGGAGACUCAGAUUCAAGAAAAACGGGAGAUUAGAGGUGUACUUCCCCAAGUCACCAAAAGCUCAACUCUCUAAGGUAUUUUUCACUCACCAAAGCUUUGAUAUGAACAUUGAAGUUCAUCCGGUCGCAUGUCGGAUGCCUAUGGAGACAAAUGGCCCAUCUGCACAACCCGUUAUGUCGGAUUUUAGGCCUUUCAUUGCACGGCCCAACUUCCCGAGUUUGAAUGAUUUAGUCCAACAGAAUCAAGCGAUGAUUUCCCUACAUGUCACUUCGUUUAAUGACUCAACCAUUAUCGGCUUAGCAUGGCCCCAUGUGUUAAUGGAUGUUCUAGGUGGCCAGGCCCUACUCAUUGGUUGGUCUGCUGUAUUGGCGGGCCAAGAAGACCAAGUUCCAACAGUAUUUGGAGCACGAGAGGAUAUUCUCCGAGACAAGGAAGUCAUCAGUGACGAUGAGACGCAGGAAGCGCUGAAAAUUGAACCUAGACGACUCCAAGGAGGAAGCCUGCUGCUGUUUCAUCUGCGAUUACUAUGGGAUAGAUUUUGGGGUUGCUCUCGAGAACGACGUGUCAUAUUUCUUCCCAAAGCAUGUUUUAAGACAUUGGAAGCUCAGGUUCAAGCAGACUUAGCUGAAGUCACGCAAGGGUUUGAUACCAAACCUUUCAUCAGCGAGAACGAUAUACUUACAGCAUGGGCUGUGAGAGCAGUCGCCUCUGAAUCAAAUCCCCGACCGAUAACGGUGCUUAGUCUUUUAAAUGCUCGAUUCAGAAUCCCCAAGCUGCUGAAAUCUACCGGCGUCUUCGUUCAAAAUAUGGUGAUUGCGAGCUUUGCCUUUUUACCAGCUCCAGUCGCUGCUGGAUCUAUGGGAUCAAUUGCGCUCAGUCAUCGAGAGCAUCUUGCGGAGCAAGGUACAGAGAAACAGACUACUGCGUUCUUGAGGAGUGUGAUUCAAGAUAUCGAAUCUACAAGACGUCCAAGACUCGCCUUCGGGACGUCAGAUAGUGUGACUAUUUUAAUCAACAAUGUUAUGAAGGCCAAUUUGAUGACAACUUUGAACUUCGAGGCGGCGGUUGUCCGCAAAGGAGACGUAUCAGAUACGAGAAAAAACCCUCCAGGGACUAUGACUUCUUACUAUAACGAGGCUCUUGAUGGAGCAUUGGAUUUUUUUGAUGUUUGUCUGAUGCUUGGAAAAGACUACUCUGGUAAUUAUUGGCUCAUGGGAAACUUUUUACCACGGGCUUGGGCGAAGAUAGAAGAAGAUCUGAAGACAUGGUCUGUCGCAAAUUUGAACAAUUAG